AUGAGUCAGCAACAAGACCGACCGAGCGACGACCGUGAUGAUAGUAUUCGUGCUGUUAUGAGCGCACUGCAAAGCCUACAGCAGCAAGUGCAAGGGCUUCUGGGCAACAGAACGUCUGGUGAUACAGAGGGCAGAAGAAGAACAAGUGUGUCGAUCCAUGUCCCUCCUUCUAUAACACGUGUUCGUACGAGUGAGAGCGACUCUGACGCUAACCAGCUGCGGUCACAGCCUACCGGCAUCAGAGAAGAGAUAUCAGCUCUUUUCCGUAUACAGUUACAAAGGACGUAUACAGUUACAAAUGCGGCAACGGUAGAUAUCAAAACACAAUGGUACUUUCGGCAGAGUAGGAUUUCUCUCCCAAGAUCGACCGCCAUGUGCGUCUCUGGUUGUUCCUGUUCCACAUUGCUUCGUGCAGCUGCCGUUGUUGUGCUGCUAGCACUUCAAGCUUGCUGCGUUUCUUCACUAUCAAACCAAUGUUUACUGAGCAGUCUAGCAAACGACUGUCCGAAUCCAAGAGACUACGCGAUGUAUGUCGAUGGCACUACGGCUAACACCACCGUUGUCGGUGGCUUCUUCUCUGUAUCCAUGUGGGACAGAAUUCCUAAGGAGAUCAGCAACGACGACGUGUGCACUCUGUGUUACGCUAAUAGUGCACAGUUUCCACCGCACCGCUUCGCUGUUGAGCAGGCCGAAGCUCUUCUGUACGCCACAGAUUUGAUCAACGCGAUGGACAGGAACAGGAUACUGAGCUACAGGCUAUAUGACACCUGUGGGAAUGACCAGAUUCAUGAUAACUGUGUUGAAGGUCAGAUGUUUUGGCUGGCCUCUGAAAAACUGCCUAGAGUUUUAGCCUCUAUUGUAUGCCCGUUUUAUCAAAAGCAUAGCGUGUCGAUGCCUGAAUCGGAAUUCGUUGAGUUGACAAAGAGUGUUGUGAAUGAGGAUACCACAGAGAUUCUUCACACAGGCUUUUUGUCACUACUUGACAGUCCGUUUCUCUACAGUUCUACAGUGGAUUUUGACGUUUUUAAUCCAUAUCAAAAUCAAUUUCUUAUGCUGCAGCAAACCUGUGAGCUUCAAGCGUUGGUAGCCGUUGAUUUUCUGGCACAGGAAGGUUGGGGUGAUGUUACUCUUGUCACCAGUGGAGAUUACUGUGGCGGAGAGUCUACCUUGCUGUUCAAGCAACAGAUCGAUGACAAAGAGCUGGACUGCCAUUUCAAUGUUGCCUAUCGACGGCAGCAACCCCCUGAAACAACAGCAGAUAUGCCAAAAGACUAUACACAAUUGGCUAUUCAAACCAUUGGUGAAGGAUAUAAAGAACAUAUGGCUGAUAGUUAUGAAGACCACCAUAAAUUCUACGAUGAUUUGGAGCAGUCAACACACAUUGUCUAUCUCUCGUCUAUUGAGUUUGCUGUUACCACUCUUCAAAUCUUUAAUGAAUUCAUUUUGUCACAUGUCAAUCGCACAUAUUCGUUUCUGUUUGGAGAUUUCUGGGGUGACCCAAGACAAGCAGAUACCUUGUUUGAACUCAUCGUACAAUUGGUGGAAAAUGGCCACAAAGUAUAUGCUCUCAGGAAUGAUAUUAAUGGGACUGAAGUAAUUCAGGAACACAUGGCAUCCAUUCGUCUCAAUUCAUAUGAGUGGAAUCGGAACACGUGGUUGCAGCGAUAUUGGCACAAUUAUUACAAUUGUUCUGAUCAGUGCAAUGCUAAUGAAUCAUUGCCUGCAAUUAUUAGACCAAUUUUGAGAAACUACAAAGCUGCACUUGUCAUGGUUGGAGUUUCUCUGAUCAGAGAAUUCGUAGAGAUUCACUAUGCUAACCACAAAGAACUACCCGAAACGUUCAAUUUAGAUGACGGUUUUUUACCUUCCAAGGCCAAUAGGACAAUUGAGAACAAGGAGACUGGAAAUACGUUAGUGUUUGGAAGAACGUUAGUGUUUGGAAGAACAGGACACGCAAAUGACUCAUUGGAAUGGCAACAACCUUUGCAAUGGCAAUACAGGAUUCUUGAAUUAGAGAUGGUGAUCGAAACAGAAAGUGAUACUGGAGGAGAUGGAGUGUAUUCUAGAGAUAUGAACGUCUCAGAGCAUACAUCAAAUGAAACAAUGCUGGGACUUGGGUUCAAUGAUACAUCAAAUGGAACAACUGAGUUUACUUACGUUUUAGGUGGGAAAGAGUAUGGGAUAUGGACAAUUGAUAGCAAUGGGAUAGAAAGCAACAAUGGUCACCUCUAUGUUUUUGUUAAUAACUCUGAAUUUCCCACUACUCCUACAGUCAACAGUGUGGAUAAUAACAUGAAUGUGGAUAACAACACGAUUGUGGAUAACAGCACGAAUGCCUCUGUAAACAGCACUGUCAGUUCGGAGAUUCCCACUGUUGUUAGUACUCCUACUGUCAAUAUCUCCGACAGUGUUGGUAAUAUGACUGACUUUGGUAGCAACACUAAUGGAUCUCUUGUUAACAGCACUGUCAUGUCCACUGUCAUGUCCACAAUGACACCAAUACAACAGCAACCCCUUCCUAAGUUUCAAACAUGCCCAAUAACAGCAGUACCAACCACAUCAGUACCAACAACGCUGACGAUGAAACCAAUGAUGAAGUUUAUUGACGACUCUUGUAAUCCUGACAAACUGCACGGUAUGGUCGGUCUCGUUGUUGUCAUCCUUCUUCUGCUUAUUGCCGUAUGUCUCGUGUACAUAUGGAAUGAUAGUUGUGUACGAAUAAAGAGUGACAAUGAUGAAACAGUAAGAAAUGACAACAAUAUAAAAGUGAGUGUGAAACGUGUUCUUAGAUCACCAGGAUACAGUAUUCUGCUUGGUCUCACUCUGUUUUCGAUCUGCAUUUGCUUCUGGAUCAUAUUCGGCAAUAAAUCUUUCGAUUGUGAUAAUCGUGGAGAUGACUUCUUGGUUUGA